AGAGCUGGGACGCAGGAGGUCACAGGGUGUGUGAAUGUGUGUGUGUCUGUGUGUGUAUGUGUUGGAGGGCAUGGGGUGGGGGUGUUGGAUUGUGGACUUCAGCUGCUCACUUUGCAGAAAAGUCAGACCCAAACGCUGCCCAGCUCGGGCUGCCCCGCUCUCCAAAGCCAGCUGGUCUGGCUUAGCUUUUAUUCACCUUUUUAUUUUUAUUUUUGCUUCGGCUCAUCUUGUUUGAUACAAGGGACUGAGUGAGCAAACCCACAGCUGGAGCUGCUGGGAAUCCUUCCAGGUGAAGACAGAAACAGAAAGCACUGGUGCUUACUUACUCACUGACAGCCCGGGAAGCGCGUGCUCUGCUCCGGGAGGAGACGACUCGCUGGAUGGACUGAAGUGAACCGCUGGACGGAGACACGCUGCAAGCAGGACGUGGCGUGACGAAUCAUGCGGGACUGAAGCGGGAGGUUCCAGCCAGCAGUUUGAGACUUAGAAGAAAAAACAUUUCAGGAGCUGGAAGUGGAUUGCAGGAGGGAUAAGAAGCAACGAUUGUGAAAGAAAAGAAGAAGCAUAAGUGGGAAAAUCGCAACAAUGGGGAGGAAAAAAAUUCAGAUUGCACGAAUAAUGGAUGAAAGGAACAGACAUGUGACAUUUACAAAGCGCAAGUUUGGCCUGAUGAAGAAAGCCUACGAGCUGAGCGUGCUGUGUGACUGUGAGAUCGCUCUCAUCAUCUUCAACAGCACCAACAAGCUGUUCCAGUACGCCAGCACCGACAUGGACAAGGUUCUGCUCAAAUACACCGAGUACAACGAGCCACAUGAGAGUAGGACCAACUCUGACAUUGUGGAUACUCUACGGAAGAAGGGUUUAAAUGGCUGUGAAAGCCCCGACAUCGAAGCUGAUGACUCUGCUGGCCAGAGCCCAGAGUUAGACGACAAGUACUGCAAACUCAACGAAGACAUCGAUCUGAUGAUCAACAGGCAGAGAAUCUGUGGUCUGCCUCCCUCUGGCUACGACAUGGGGGUGACCAUUCCAGGCAGCAAUCCCAGCGGGCUGCUGUACGCUCACCAAGCCAUAGGGGGCGCUGUGGGUAAUCACAACUUGCUGCCCAUCUCACACUCAUCCUUGCAGAGAAACACUAUGUCCCCCCAACGACCCUGUAGCGCUGGGAAUGCAGGGCUGAUGGCUUCUGACCUUCCUAACACCGUGGUCUCCGGCGUGGGAAAUGGCAGCUUCAGCUCCCACUGCAGUUCCCCCGGCCUCAUGUCCCCGGCCGGCGUCUCUAAGAACAUGCAGGAUAAGAGUCCUCCUCACAUGGGCAUGAGCCACAAGCCUGAACUCCGCACACUGAUGCCGCCCUCCAACAAGUGCUCCAUCAUGCCAACGAACCAGAGAAUAAAUCACUCACAGACAGCUCAGACUCUGUCCACUCCUGCAGUGUCUAUCGCUGCCUCUGGGAUUGGUGGGUAUCCCUCUGCCAUCUCCUCCUACAGCACAGACUUUUCCCUGGGCAGUGACCUGUCCUCCCUGUCUGGGUUCGGGGGCUCAGGUCUGGGAUCGGUGGCGAGCUGGCAGCAGCAGCAGCUGCAGAACCUCCAGCACUCGGCGCUCGGACACAUGGGAAACUUGUGCCAGAACUCCAGCCUGGACGUUGGCGUUCACCACAACCUCCACAUUAAGUGUGAGCCGGCCUCUCCUCCCAGAGACCGGAGCCUGGGUGUGGGCGGGGCUGGACUCAGAGGAGGCGUCAAUGAGGCCGGAUAUGCCCUCGGCGCCGGCCGGGGACCCCACGAAUCCGGCAGUUCCCCUGGUGACAGCGCCUCCAGCUGUGGCAGCUCGUACGAAGGCAGCGAGGAGCGCGAGGAUCACCACGGCAAUGAGAGCUUCCUGCUGCAGCCGCUGUCCAGUCAGGAGGAACGUCACAGCCCGUCAGUAAAACGGAUGAGGCUAUCAGAAGGCUGGGCCACAUAGUGGGAGGGAGCAGCUCCACAGGAACAGGGGGGAGUAAAGUUACCAUAUAGUGUUGUUAUUAUUAUUAUUAUUAUUAUUAUGAUUAUCACUAUCAUAUUCUCCUUGUACUGAAUGCAUGUGCUUUAUGUUUAAUGGUGGUCUGUAGUUGAGGCGGUUGGUCUUGCGAUGUGAGGUCAGGAUCAGCACACAUCACCUGAAAAACAAAACUCUCAAGUUUAUCUGUGUGUCACAACAUUCUGAACAUCAUAUGAAAUAUUUAUUUAUUCAAAAUCGGGUAAAAUGCAAAUAUGCAGCCUUUUGUGUACCAUAAUAAUAUCUUUCUUCUUGCCAAUGCUCCAUAAAGUUUCAGCUGAUAGUUGACAGAUCCUAUCUGUCAACUGAGGAUCUCUGCAGCUCCUCCAGAGUCACCAGGAGCCUCUACAUAAUGCUGCCUCUACCUGCCAGCUGCACAAACGUGUUCAGCUGCUCCAUCCUGUUCAGAUCCUGCACUGAACAGACAUGUCUCUUGGUAUUGUCUAACUAUGGCUGCAGCUAAAGAUUAUUCUAGUAAUCGAUUAAUCAGAUUUUAAAAAUUGUCGAUUUUUCAUUUUACCACUUUAGCUUAUUUUAUAUAAUGUUAGA